CUCGAAAGAGGUGUUCUUUUCCCUACGUCCUAUAAUACCCCUCUCUUCUUUUCCUCGUAUCUCACACCAACUGGAAUAGACCAGGACCCUCUUCGAUUGGCUUAAGUUGCGACCGGUUCGCUCGUUUCAGCCGCUGUCCUCAUAGAUACCAGCAGAGAGAGAACUUAUCACCCGUACGACUAACGCGCAAGACGAGACGAUGAUUAGGGAAUGGGACGAACUGUCCGACGAAUGGAACGACAACGGCUACUCCAACAACAACCACUCCCACUUCAACAGCCACGAACGCACACACCGCGACACUCAUCGCACGGGGUUACAGACGGAUGGUGAUGCCGACGGCCGGCAACAGUUCUACCGCGGUAACGAGUCUUACGGACGAAAGGACGAGGUUGAUGCCAAUCAAGACCCAUAUGCAAACGACGACCCGUUUGGCGAGGGGAACGAUGAAGACGACGACAACCGCAUCCAUGUCGUGAUGCCAGACGAAUCGUGGUUAGGAACUAUGCGUGUUCGCGGCGCGACCGGCGAUGCGAAUGAAGAUGGGCCUGGGUCAGCAGUGCGAAGGGUGCUUGCGCGCGGGAACGGGCAGAUGAAGGAUCUGUUCUCGCCGUUGCAGCUCGAAGGGCUGUUCAUGCGCGGCGGCGCCAGUGGUGGUAAUCACUUCGAUUUUGGUGCCGGGCAGCAACAACAACAACAACAACACGGGGGGACGCUGAUUGUCGAGGAGGAGCGGCGGCAGCGGCGCGUGUGGAGUGGUGUGAGCACGGGGAGUGCGGCGGCGGCGGCGGAAGCGGUUCAUGAAACCAGUACAUACCCGCAACGACCCAAAAGUCCCACCAGCAGCGGGACACCACGUUCCAAAUUGAAUCCACUCAACCCUCGUCCGAAAGCCAUGCGCUCACUCGCUCCUACAACAUCCGAGGGCAACAACUCGGGAUUUGUGACUAGCACCCCCGACACCUCCGACAUGCACAUCGUCGCCCGCCAUGCCCGCGACCUCGACCUCUCCAGCAUGAACCUCAACUGGGCCAACAACAAUGGCCGCAACAACCAUCGAGACAUCCACGCCUCAUCCACCGUCGCAGCAGACGACGACGAUCGCGAUCGCAACGACGAAAGUCCUGUGCUGUCUCCCACCUUUUUGGAGGAUGUCCAUGCCGACGAGGAGUUGAACCUGGAACUGGAAAGGGAUGAGCAGAGUGUGGAGCAGAUCACGCACGGGUUACGAGAUUUUGGGGUGUCGGGAUACGAGUCCGAUCCUCAAUCCGCCCCACGUCUUGCGCCUGAAGCAGAUUCAGCUACAGCUACGGGAGCAAAAGCAGCAAUCGCGACAUCCCGCCGCGCCCCUUUUAGCUCAACGCCACGAAAGCGCGCACAGCCGCUCCACCCUCUACCAGACAUCAGCGCCGGCAACACGACCACCGCCCACCCCACCGACCAAAUAGACGAAACUGACAUUGUGAACGCACACCAAUCGCAGGCGGCCAUCUCGGGCCUGUUUGACAUCGAGUACGGGACCACGACGCGCGCAUAUCUCGAUUCGCUGUUUGGUGAGCUGCCGACUGCGCAGGUAGACUCUGACUUCCCUGAUGAUGGGGAUGGGGACGGGAAUGGGGAUGAGCUCGGUGGUGGACACGAUCUACAUCGACAAGGCACCGCUGAUGACGAUUUUGGAGGAGCAGGGUAUGAGUCUACCUCUGUGCAACAUGACCCCCGGUCGGAACAUGUGGACGCAGAGCAACGGGACGAUGACGAGGAAGCGGCACACGAAGCCGACACGACCCGCGACGUCUUCAUUGCCGAUCUGAAACGGGUGCGACAAGAGCAACAGCGGGAGCAAAGCACGGUGUCGCGUGACAAUGAGCCGCAAACCUUGGAGCGUGGUGCCUCGCGGAUUGGAUAUAGGGAGCCUGGGCGGUCGUAUAUCCAGGGGACACCGUUACGAGACGAACGGGGGCGGAACGGCGGCACGCGGCUGGGGGGGAGCGAGAGGCAAUCGCCCGCCCAUUCACUCUCGCGGCAUGACCGGAUCACCCAAAGCAAUGCUCGCCUGGAAGAUGGGCCGAAUGAGAAGAAUUCACCACAGCGGUCACAACAACAACAGCAGCAGCUGCAAGAACCCUUCCAAACAACCCGCAGCUACCCCUCCGACAUCGAUUUCCUCGAAGACGCGUUCGACUCAACCAAACAUCGCGGCGAUGACCGGUUGCAGAUGCAUCAUCUGCACGAUACGCACCGCACGGCUGCUGCUGCUUCUCCCGCGCGAUCGUUUCGGGGUGUGCCGAGCGUGGGUUUGCGGGAUGACGCCACACCACGUCCAAAAACUCGCAUGACCAACGUAACACCAGGAGGAGGGACCCCAAAGCCAGCGACGCCGAAAGCAGCCCACACGACAGCAACAUCAACCACGACAACCACCACAGCCUCCAUGGCGUCCAAGCUGCGAUCGAUCCGCAACCUGAACGGACGCGCGUCGGUGAUGCUUUCUCAGCUGGGCGCGAGUGCACACAUGACGUAUAAUUCUGCGCGGGGGUGUUGGGAGGGUGGCGAGGAGGGGGAGGGGGACGAGGUGUUUGGUGGUGAUGAGGAGGAUGAUGGUGGGAAUGGUGAACGGGAGAAGAAUGCGGAAGGGGAUGGAUCCGACGAGGUGGCGAAAGCUGGUGCCGAACCGGGGCGACGACGGACACCACCACAUCCCACGCCAAACGAUACCAAAAUCCCCCCAGUCUCCGCCAACACGGAAGACACCCCUCACCCACCUUCCCCGCUGAACACCAGCAUCAGCUCCGACACGCAACAAGCGUUCAUGCACGACCUGCACCGCUUCUCGGACGUCGUCGGCACGUUGGCGGAGAUUGUGCGGCGGAUGAAGGAUGCGGCUGCCAAGGAUGCCGCGCGGGGUGGUGGGGAGGAGACGGCGAUGUUUGAAGAGGUUUGGAGGGGGUGGGAGAGUCAGAGGAGAGGUGGGUUCACGUGAUCGAGGGAGGGAAAGCGUACGAGGGAGGUUACUCGCAAAGAUGUUAGAUAUCUACGUAUCUAACGCAUAUGCACUUUGAUUCAUAGCAAUGGAGGAGAUGCAACCCGCAAUCACACCUUCAGCAAGCCCGACGCGAGACCAGACCCAACCUGAUGUAGACAUGAGCAGCACAACAAGCGCGUU